AUGACCUUCGCCGCCAUCCUCUCCUGCCUGUCCCUCGCCAUACUAGCCGCCUCGACUCCGCUCCAGCUCCUCAACCCCCAAAUCCUCGCCACCACUUCCCUCGAUCCAACCGUCUCAUCGCUCAAUCUCACCAACACCAGCCUCACGGCAAGCACCAACUGCUUCAUCCAACCGCACCACGCCGGCGCCCCCACCCUCCUCGAAACCAACUACCCCGACUGCCUCGUCGCCGUCACAUUGCUGCCCGCGGACAAAGCAGCCACGACGCCCUACACCUUCAGCCGCAGGCCGGACGCCGAGGUGCGCCUUCCUUACGCGAAAUCGUUCCGGACCUGCAAGAUCAUCAUCGACAUCAUGGACGAGUUUGAGACGGAGAGAUUGAGGUGGCGGGACAUCAGUGACACGUUGGAGGCCCCCAGAGGGGUUUUGAGGAAGUGUCUUGGGCAGAGCCCGUUGCCGCCGUUGGGGGGCAGGACGUCGGUGGGGGCUAUGGGUGCCAUGCAAGCGAUUGUUGUUGGGCAGGCGUGGAAGCCUGGUGCUGUGGUUUGA